CCAAUAAAGUUAUACUUCAAAUGAGAAGUCAGUCCGCUUAAGCAAAAAUUUCUCGGGGAACAUCAAGUUAAUUUUCAGAUAAGGCGGAAAAUUUAUUAUAUUGAUUAAUUGGACUUUUCGAAAGUUCAGCUACUAGUUGAGUCAACUCCUUCUGCAACAAUCACCUUUCUUUGUGGAAAAAAAUUCUGCAUCGCCAAAUUUUCAUGAUGUCCUCGGCAUCUAAUGGAGAAGAUAAACUCUCGAACUUUCCCUCUGUGGUAGAACUAAAUGUCGGAGGUGUGUUUUAUACAACAUCUUUGAAAACUUUGACCUCUGACCCUAAUUCACUUUUGGGCCAGCUUUUUAUGAGUAAAGUGAGUAAAUCUGUACCUCGCGAUUCUAAGGGAAAGUUCUUUAUUGAUAGAGAUGGGGUGCUAUUCCGCUACGUAUUGGAUUUUCUACGAAACCACAGACUGAUGUUACCGGAGAACUUCCAUGAGCGAGAGCGGCUACGACAAGAAGCCGAAUAUUUCAUUCUUCCGGCGAUGGUAGAUUGCAUUCCUGCUGUAUCCUCGCAGGUAACAGAUUCUAAGUUUUCUGAAUUGGACAAGCAGCAUCAUAAACCACCCGGAUUCAUCACCGUCGGCUAUCGCGGAACUUUUGCUUUUGGUAGAGACGGUUUAGCCGAUGUUAAGUUUCGGAAGCUGACAAGACUUUUGGUGUGUGGUAAGGUCGGAAUAUGCCGAGAGGUAUUCGGAGAGACCCUCAACGAAAGCCGAGACCCUGACAGAUGUAAUGAUGACCGGUACACAGCACGAUUUUUCUUGAAACAUAAUUUUUUGGAACAGGCAUUUGAUUGCCUUCAAGAUGCUGGGUUCCAGUGUGUGGGAGCUGCAGGGUCAGGAACAUCGUGCAAUGGAAGCUCUAACGAGCCACCAAAACCUGGUCAGGACUCGGAAGAAAACCGCUGGAAUCAUUUCAAUGAGUUUGUUUUUUGUCGCCCUUAACUGUAUGCAAUGAAAAAGUAAUAUUUAUUGCUCACCCAAUGGCUUUAAUUUCGAUUUUCUGAUUCAAACCUAGUUAUAUGUGUGUGUAUAUGUGACAUGUUGAACAACUCAUUUCCUCUAGUGUAGAACCUGAACUUCUUCUGAAACAUUUUAACUUAAUCAUCCCUAAAGUAAGGAAGAAGAAGAAAAAAGAUAAAACGAAGAAAGAAGAUUUCGAGGAAUGAAGUCGUUUAUAAUGAAAAAGUAGGCCACGGGCACGGAACUGGGGAACCAGAAGCUAGUUUUCUUGUUCCCAG